CAGACUGGUUAAAAAGCGCGUGAGGCUCUGUUAUGUUAUUAGAGCGGUGAAGGACUGUCACUGCUAUAGAAGGGAAGGGUGAAGCUCAGUGCCUACACGAAACCCAGUCCUCACCGAAUCCACAUAGCCUGCACGCACUUGUGUCAACUGGAAUUCAUUGUGCGACCGAGGAGAAAGUGGGGAAAAACUAGGCUACAACUUUUCUCUCGUUUUGAGGUUUGCGUUCAUUAGUCUACUUUUUUCUGUCUUGUGUUGUAGUAAUUUAUUUAAGAAAAAUCUGUCAAAUAUACUUCUAUUUUAUUUAAAACGUAUUUAAUUGACAGUAUUUUUAACAAACAACACUGGCAGUAUUAUUUGAAUGCGUUUACAGGUCAGUUCGGUCGGUUAUCUAUUUACCUUCGACUGCAAUAUUGAACUGUCUUUCAAACCACACUAGCCUGAAAAUAACUUUCGGUGUUCACUAAAUACUGUUUAUACUCGUUUUUUAGUGUGGUUUUCAUUAUUUAGGCAUUCAAAAUGAUGGUUAUCAUUGCAGAGUUUUUAGUGGUAAUUUUGAAAGUGCUCUGGGCUUUUGUCACUGCCGGAGCUAAAUGGGUGGUGAGGCCAAAGGAGAAGAGUGUAGCGGGACAGGUGUGUGUGAUCACCGGGGCUGGAAGCGGCCUCGGUCGGCUGUUUGCCAAGGAGUUCGCUCGGAGACGGGCAAUACUGGUGUUAUGGGACAUCAAUAGCCAAAGCAACGAGGAGACAGCAGAGAUGGUCCGGGAGAUCUACCGUGAACUGGACAGUGAAACCACGAUGUCCAAAGACGGAUCAGUCGGAGGGGUAGAGGAGGUUCCCCCCUUUCAGCCGCAGGUGUACACGUAUGUGUGUGACGUGGGCAAGCGGGAGAGUGUGUACUCUACGGCGGAGAAAGUGCGUCGGGAGGUGGGGAACGUGGACAUGUUGAUAAACAACGCCGGCGUAGUCUCUGGUCACCAUCUCUUGGAGUGUCCGGACGAGCUGAUUGAACGCACCAUGGUUGUCAACUGCCACGCGCACUUCUGGACCACCAAAGCAUUCCUACCCAAGAUGUUGGAGGUGAACCAUGGUCACAUCGUCACGGUCGCCAGCUCCCUGGGUCUAUUCAGCACAGCUGGCGUGGAGGAUUACUGCGCCAGCAAGUUCGGUGCCAUCGGCUUCCACGAGUCGCUGAGCCACGAGAUCAAGGCGUCGGAUAAGGAUGGCAUUAAGAUGACCCUCGUGUGCCCCUACCUGGUGGACACGGGGAUGUUCAAAGGCUGCAGGAUAAGGAAAGAGAUUGAGCCCUUCCUGCCGCCCCUGAAACCAGAGUUCUGUGUGACCCAGUGUAUGAGAGCCAUCCUCACCGACCAGGCCAUGAUCUGCACGCCCCGUAUCGUCUACAUGGUCAACUUCAUGAAAAGCAUCCUGCCCUUCGAGGCCAUCGUCUGCAUGUACCGGUUCCUGGGGGCUGAUAAGUGUAUGUACCCCUUCUUGGCCCAGCGGAAGGAGCUGAUGAACAACAACGAGGCAAAGGAGGACAUCUAGAGAACGAGGGUGGAGCCGGGGCGCGGCGGGGCACAUAACCUAGAGGAUGGAGGAUAAGACCACUGACGGUGCAGGGGAGGAGAGGGGAGGUGCAGAGGAAGAAGGAGUAAUAAAAGACUGAAUCAAGACUGGUGCACUUGCAUUGAGCAGAUGCAAUGGUUUACCCUAUUGUUCCCCUGGGACAAGGACAGCUGUGUACUACGCAAAAGAUCUAUUUGUUUUUUUAUUUUCUUUUUAAGGUUUGUUUAAAGAAGAAACCAACCAUAUAUAUAUAAAAAAAA